GAAGCGCCCGGAACGAACCGGGUUCGUGCACGGAUCGGGUAUCGGGUACUGACAGUGACAGUCGUCUCCGGGCAGAACCGGGUCCGCGGCGGGGCCGAGAUGAGCGCGUGGUCGGAGAAGGUGGUGCAGCUGCUCCGCAGGAUGAACAGCUUCUGCUCGGCAGGCUCCAGCCGGGACCGCUGCUUCCGCUUCGAGGUGGGCGGGGCUCAGGUGGGCUGGGUUCCCCCUCACGUGGCCCCGGUCCUGGCCCGCUACCCGGAUGUGUUCCUGCCGCCACAGGGAGCCGUGGUGUCGCUGUGCCCCCGCCUGGACACCCCCAAGACCCGGUCCGAGGCCGUGGACGGCGUCCUGCAGGACCUGAGGCAGCAGGACGGCUUCACCUGUCUGAGAGGAUGGAGGGACGAGCGGUACAGCGUGAUGCCGCAGUUCUCCGACGUUCCUCUGAUGUGGAUGGAGCGAGCUGCUACCAGUCUGUUCGGGGUGAAGCGCUACGGGGUCCACGUCAACGGCUACACCCUGGGUGAUGGAGGCGUGGUCAACAUGUGGCUGGCUCGCCGCGCCGUCACCAAGCAGACUUACCCUGGACUGCUGGACAACGUGGCCGCAGGAGGUCUGGCUGCCGAGGUCGGUAUCAGACACACUCUGGUCAAAGAAUGUCUGGAGGAGGCGUGUAUCCCAGCAGCCAUUGCAGCACGGGCUCGUGCUGUUUCCACGGUGAGCUACACCUACGAUGACGAGGAGGGCGUGUUCCCAGAGAGCCAGUUCGUCUUCGAUUUGGAGCUUCCUGGGGACUUCCGGCCCACAGUGGGUGAUGGGGAGGUGCAGGAGUUCUACCUCCUGCCCAUCGACCAGGUGAAAGAGCUGCUGGCCACUGACGACUUCAAACCCAACUCCGCCAUGGUGGUUCUGGAUUUCCUCAUCAGACACUCCUUCAUUGAUCCCGACACAGAGCCGUGCUACCAGCAGUUUGUGGCAGGACUCCACCAGACGUUAUAGGGCGAGGCGGAGACGCCGGCCACGCCCACAGCAGACCCGCAGGAGGACCGGGGUCCGUCCCUCGGGGCUCCUGCUGUCAUUCAUGAGGCCGAACAGAGACCGUCAGCUGACAGGCUUCAGCCCCACUUCCUGUAGCUCGGCGUCUCACUGAGAGGUGGAGUUGGAGAAGGAACGGUGGAGCUGACCGAAUGAAGCAGAGGAAAACAGCAGUGAUGGAUUCAGGGAGUGGUUUGAGCUCUGAGCUCACUGGGAAUGUCGGCUGCUCUCAGCCAAAUGUCCCGUUUCAGAUGUUCAAUAAAUGCUUCCC